GGUCGUCGCGAGAGGGCAUCGGCAACGCGGUUGCUUUUGCCGGGGGUAUGGCAAAUGGUGAAUGUGAACURGGCAAGGAAGUCUAGCCAGCGGGCUUGGCGUGGAGUGAUAUCUUUCUUGGAGAGGAUGGAAGAGACGAUGGUGGUGGAGCAUGCGAGAGAGGAGGUCAGCAAGGGGCAUGUCGGGUUCGUGGGCGAGGGCGGUUGCAAGGUCUUUGUGGCAUACUCGUUUGAUGCGGGAGAUGAACGCACAGUCCGGAAUGACGGUGUGGGGGAGGUGGUGUCGGAGGGAGCGGACAUAUUGGACGAAGCGGUCCGUGGGACUGGUCUGGCGGAGGUGGCAGAAUUGUUCAAGGUAGUCGUCAAUGGUUUUCUGGGGGCGGAAGGUGGCAGUGAGGAGGGUGGCCCAUUGGAUGAAGGUGGGGCAUGGUCCUCCGGAGGCUCGGCGGUUGCUAGCUUCAGCCAUCCACCAUUUGGCUGCAUUGCCGAGGAGGCGGGAGGUGGCAAUGGGGAGCCAGUGGGCAAGGGGCAUGUGGUGGAGCUGAAAAGAGUUCUGAAGCUAGGUUAGGAAGAGGAAAACGUCCUCGUGGGGGAGGCCGGAGAAGGACAUGAUUUCGCCAGAUCGGAAGGAACGGGGGAUUUCCCCGUCG